CCGCGCGACGCGAAUGCGCGCGUCGCGCGGCGACGACGCGCCGGCGCUCCCGGGACGCGCGGUCGCGGUGGACGAAGACAAAAAAUCGAUCGACAACGACGCGAACAAGCGCGCCGUCAAGCGCUACCGCGAUCGUCAGCGCGACGCGAAGAUGAAGUUGGAAUCCGAAAACGCGGCGCUGCGAGUGGAGACGACGCGGUUGGCGACGGAGCUCGCGCACGCGCGAUGGGUGCUCGACGCGGUGGCGUCGCGGUGCGGGAUGAAGCGACGCGCGACGGGGCGCGACGCGGACGCGGCGCUGCGCCGAAGCGUCGCGCGCGUGAUCCACGGCGCGGGGUGCCCGCUGGGACAUCAGGGGCGGGACAGGCCGUUUCGAUUGGACGCGACGGAGGCGAGGCGACGCGAGGACGAGGACGAGGACGAGUUGGCGGCGUUUUUGAAGGAGUUUUUGGUGCACGAGGACGGGAAGUGUCCGUGCCCGGGGCGCGCGCGCGAUGGGGGCGAGUAG